AUGAUGGUCGCUACCUUGCGGGCCAUUCUCGCUUCAUCCGCAUUCUCCUCAUCCUCAACAUCACGCUCAGCAUCGACCUUGGCAUCAGCUUCACGUAGAAUCACCACCCUACCUUCUCACACUCGGACACGGCAUCACAUCAACCCCGCACCCGUAUCCACACUCAAACCCUCUCACAGCCGCAGCUACGCCUCUUUCCUCGGCCCUGCCGGCGUAGAACAGGAGCCUAACGCGCUACAAGCCACAGACCCGCUCCUAAUCUACCGUGCCAAAGUCGCCCGCGGCGAGUUAGAAGAGGACGAAGAACAACUUCGUGCCCUCGUCCAACUUCGACGUAUCAACCGCGUUCUUCGGGACUAUACGCCUCCCGCACACCUUCUCGGGAUCUUGAAUGAGGAUGUACAAUCGCAAUCUUCGUCUGCGUUGGCAUCUGCGAUCGAUGCACGGCUGCGUCCUGGUGCACGCGAGUUUCAAGUCUCCCCCUCAUCCCCUUCUAGUGGCAGAGGUGAGGGCAAGAUUGCGGAACUAGUAAAAUGGCUCUCCCAGUCUGAAGGCUUAGCAGAGCUUGGAACACCGAAAGGUUUGCUGGUUACAGGAACACCCGGAACAGGUAAAUCCAUGGUGAUGGAUAUAUUCUACGACUCACUCCCCACUUUGUCCAAAUUCCGUCGUCAUUACCACCACCUCCUUCUCGACGUCUACAAGAUCAUCUGGGAAGAAGCUGAACGUCGGCGCAUAUCCGUAUCCACAUCCACCGCUCCUUCCACUGCCACCCGUGAAAUCGGCACUGGUGCUAUCUGGACUCGCACCCCCGGCUCAACCGGCAAAACCGCAUCAGCUUGGAGGCGAGCUUUACGCGGAAUGCCAUUCUUCCGUCCUGACUCUCUUGCAGACGAUCAAUCGGAAAACCUAUCCUACGUCCCCGGUCCAGAUGGAGACGCGGUGAAAACAACUCUCCCGCUCCACGCCGCUGCGCAUCUUUUCCUCAAACACGGACAUGUAUUGCUGUUCGACGAGAUUCAGUUGGUGGAUGUCGCUAGUGCCGGGUUGUUGAGGAGAACAUUGGAAGCGUAUUGGAGGCUUGGCGGGGUAGUGGUGGGGACGAGUAACAGAAUUCCCAAAGAUUUGUACGCUAGCAAUGUUCAAAGGGGACAGUUGACGCAGUUUUUGGAGAUUUUGCAGGAGAGAUGUCCCAAUCAUGAGAUGAGGAGGAGGAGGGAUUUUAGAAGAGAGCCUUUCUAUCGUAAGCAGUGGCUUGAAAGGAAUUCGAGCGAGGGUGAAGGUGAAGGUGAGGCUUUACCAGCACAGCAAGUUGGCGGGCAGACAUCCUACUUGCUCCGCAGCGAAGCAUCCAAGUUCAACCAUCUUGUCUCGGAAGCGGUAGCGAAUAGGCCUUUCGAAAGUGCGACACUCACUGUCUAUGGUAGAAAACUCGACGUUCCGCGUUCCGUAAGCGCUAGUGAAACGCACCCAAGCGUGUGUUGGUUCACAUUUGCAGAGUUAUGCGAUUCACCCCUCGGUCCUGCUGACUACCUCACUCUCGCAUCCACCUACCACACAUUCAUCCUCGAAGGCGUCCCACAGAUGACGCUGAUGCAGAAGAAUCAAGCACGAAGAAUGAUCACCCUCCUCGACGCGGUCUACGAAGCUGGAUGUCGCCUCAUUGUCCUAGCUGAUGCUCGACCGGAUGAUCUAUUUUUCCCUGACGCAGAAAAAGCAGCUCGACACGCAGCACAAGGACCUGCUGCUGGUCCUGGCGAUGUUCGACCCGAACUGCAAUACAGGGCUGUAGGUGGAGGCGGCAGGCAAGAUGUGGUAGAUAUGUCCGCCAAAGGCGUUCCCUCGCCCUUCCUCACCCCUCCUCCCGGCCAAAGCUAUCCCGAAGAAGAGAAGUUGGCCAAUCGCAAAGCGGGCCAACCAGUGGACUACAGCACAGACGAAUUCAUGACUGACUCUCUGAUCAUGGCUGAAACCCUAUCCGAAGCUAUGCAGGAUACAGAAGAAGGAUUCCGCCCGCACGUCUCUACUUAUUCCUCUGAUCGACCUUCUCGCCCCGCCCAACUUGCCGCAGAGGGAGCGGCGGGGAAGAAAGACGACAACGUCGGCUUUAAGCACUUGGCGAUCUUCAGCGGGGAGGAUGAAAGGUUUUCGUACCAACGGGCCGUCUCGCGUCUGUUUGAGAUGAGUCAUCCGGAUUGGAUGCGGAGGAAGGGUUGGAGGCCUUUUUUGAGCGAUGAGAUGGAAAGUUGGUCGGGUACUUGGAAACAGGCGGAAAAGGAGGCGGUGGGGAAGGCGGUGGUGGCGGAUGCUGCUGCUAUAGCCGACGCUGGUACAGACUUUGCCGGGGAAGCUAGCUACGAAACGGCGAGUUUCCCAGGCAGAAGAGAAGCUCAGACCAAGUUGGCGAGGGAGAUGGAGGCUUUUGCUGCUAACGAACUGCGCAAAAAGCAGGAGAGGGGGCGUAGCGAGCACGGCCAAGGCAAAGAAGGGGGUAAGGAAGGAUACCAACCAGACUUUUCCCCAGGUCCAAUUGGUAAAAAGCGCAAUCGCGACCAGGGCGCUCCGGUGCUAAGUGAGGCUCAUGUCUGGGGAGUUAGGGAGGAUUGGGGUAAGAAAGCUGGAGCCUGGGGUAAGGGUUCUGCUAUUUUCUCAGAGCCAGAAUGCUCCUCCUCAUCUACCUGUUCUCCUCGAGGACCUAGUAGGGCGAGCACUGCUGGGCCUAAAUCUGGAGAUGGGAGUGGAAAGCGUUGCUUCCACACCACCUCUUUCGCGCAUGCGCGAGUCGCGGCUCUGGACCACUAUUCGACGCUCCAAGUGGCCCGCAGUGCGACGCAAGCAGAGAUCAAAUCGCAAUUCUACAAACUCUCCAAAGAGCUCCACCCGGACGUCAACGCCUCUGACGAUGCCAAAAAACGAUUCCAAGAAGUCUCGGAAGCAUACGCCACCCUGGGUCACCCUUCCCAACGCAAAACGUACGAUCGUCAAUCCCAAUCCCCCUCCACUCGCCCAAGCGCUUACGGCGACAAUGUCCACACCGGCUUCGGCUACACCCACAACGCCCAAGACAACAUCAACCGUCGAGCACGUGCGACGUAUGCGUGGGAUUAUCAACGACGACGCAAAGCGCAAGAAUCAUACCAGUAUCAAACUCAACCGGGCGGUGUUGGAGGUGGUCGAGGAAGACAAACGCACUCGAGCAUAUUCAGGCAGUCAAAGGAUGGAGCAAGUGCAUUUGAAACACUAGCAGCACAACAGAGAGCAAGAGAGGCAAGGAACAGAGCAAGGCAGACGCGAUCCAAGGUUUACAGUGAAGAGGAGAGGAUGUAUGAAGCGCAUGUAGCCAAUCCGUUGGUGAGAUUUGCACAGGUGGUCGUCAUGCUGUAUUUGGUGUGGAAGGGGGGGACCAUGUUUACUGCUAGUGGACCUACGGGCGGGAAGGAAGCAAGAGGAAAAAGUCAAGGGCGAUAG